CUAAUUGGGUUCACCAUCCGAACGGUUCACAAUAGUUCUACAGCCGAAGCUUAAACAUACGAACCCUAAACCCCUGCCCUUCUUCCUUGUGUCUUGCGACUGCAAUUCACUGCCACGUCCCUAUAGCAGAAGAAUCCUUUGUUUUGUCCUCUGACACAUAUACAUAUUAAUCUUCAUGCCUUCUCUCACUAUAUCCGAAUCUCUGUCCUCCGAAUUUCCCAAAGACAAUAUGGAGAAGAAGAAGAAAUUGAAGAACACAAGUAUUGAAACCCUAGAAUUGAAUUCUUCGACCGACAAGAAGGCCAAGAAGGAGAAAAAGUUGAAGAACACAAGUACGAGCUCGAAUGCUUCUGAACCCGAAGAAUUGGAGAAGAAGAAGAAAGAGAAGAAGCGAAAGGCGUUGGACGUUGAUGGAGACGAGGAGGAGGAUAAGAGUGAGACGAGCUCCGAGUUGGGCGAGCCCAUUAAUUCGAAGGCGGUGAGAGGUGGUGACUCGGUGAAGAAGAAGAAACAGAAGCUGAUGGAGGAGGUUGUUGAUGAGGAGGAUGCGAAGAAUGGUGGUGGAGAAGAAGAUGAGAAUCCGAAUGCGGUUUCGAAAUUUAGGAUAUCUGCGCCGUUGAGAGAGGCGCUGAAGUUGAAAGGGAUUGAAUCGUUGUUUCCGAUUCAGGCUAUGACUUUUGAUACCAUUUUGGAUGGUUCGGAUUUGGUUGGACGGGCACGUACUGGUCAGGGUAAAACAUUGGCCUUUGUGUUGCCUAUAUUAGAGUCAUUAAUAAAUGGGCCCACAAAAGCAUCACGGAAGACUGGAUAUGGGAGGGCACCAAGUGUUCUUGUACUUUUACCUACUAGGGAAUUAGCCACUCAGGUGUACAGCGAAUUUGAAGUUUACAGUGGGGCAUUGGAGCUAACUGCAUGCUGUUUAUAUGGGGGAGCUCCUUACCAGGCUCAACAGAUUAAAUUGAAAAGAGGGGUCGAUAUAGUCGUGGGAACACCUGGCCGCAUCAAGGAUCACAUAAAAAGAGGAAAUAUAGACUUCAGCUCGUUAAAGUUCCGUGUCCUUGAUGAAGCUGAUGAAAUGCUGAGGAUGGGUUUCGUUGAAGAUGUUGAAUUUAUUCUAGGCAAGGUAGAGGAUGUCAGCAAAGUUCAAACGCUUCUCUUCAGUGCCACUUUACCAGACUGGGUGAAGCAUAUUGCUUCUAGGUUUCUAAAAAAAGAAAAGAAAACUGCAGAUCUUGUUGGCAAUGAGAAAAUGAAGGCUAGUACCAAUGUUCGGCAUAUAAUUCUUCCCUGUUCUAGUUCAGCCAGAUCCCAGAUUAUUCCUGAUAUUAUUCGCUGUUAUAGCAGUGGUGGUCGUACCAUUAUUUUCACUGAGACGAAGGACUCUGCUUCUGAACUUGCUGGCUUGUUGCCUGGAGCACGUGCUUUGCAUGGGGACAUCCAGCAGGCCCAGAGAGAGGUCACACUUAAAGGAUUCAGAUCAGGCAAGUUCAUGACAUUAGUGGCAACAAACGUGGCAGCACGGGGAUUGGACAUCCACGCUGUCGAGUUAAUUAUCCAGUGUGAGCCUCCACGUGAUGUAGAAGCAUAUAUUCAUCGAUCUGGAAGGACAGGAAGAGCAGGAAAUACUGGGGUUGCUGUAAUGCUUUAUGAUCCUAGAAGGUCAAAUAUUUCUAAGAUAGAAAGAGAAUCUGGUGUGAAAUUUGAGCACAUAUCUGCUCCUCAGCCAGCUGAUAUUGCCAAAGCUACUGGUGUAGAAGCAGCAGAAACAAUCAUCCAAAUCUCUGAUAGUGUCAUUCCGGCCUUCAAGUCUGCUGCUGAGGAACUCUUGAAUACCUCUGGUCUAUCAGCUGUAGAAUUGCUUGCAAAAGCACUUGCCAAGGCUGCAGGUUAUACUGAGAUUAAGAGUAGAUCACUUCUAUCUUCCAUGGAGAACUACAUCACUAUAUUUCUUGAGGCUGGCAGACCCAUCUACACGCUAUCCUUUGCUUAUGGUGUCUUAAGAAGUUUUUUGCCAGAGGAGAAAGUUGAAGCGGUCAAGGGUCUUGCUCUCACUGCAGAUGGAACGGGGGUGGUCUUUGAUGUGCCUGCUGAAGAUUUAGACACACUUCUUGCUGGCGGGGAAAAAGCAGCUGGUGUGAGCUUAGAGGUAGUGAAAACAUUGCCACGCUUGCAAGAUAGAGAUCAGUCAAGAGGGGGAAGAUUUGGCAGUGGUGGUCGUGGUGGCUUUUCUGAUAGGAGAAGUGGUGGCGGUAGUGGUAGGUUCUCAGGAGGAAGAAGUAGUGGUGUUAGGUUCUCCAAUCGAAGAAACAAUAGAUUUUCCCAAGGCCCUAAUUGGAGGAGAGGUGGUAGCAAUAACAGCAAUAAAUGGUGAGGAGCUCUGUAACCGUUAGAUAAAAAGCAUCCUUUCGCCACAAGGGAAAAGUAAUUUUGUGAUAUUGAAGAAAAUAUUUGAAGCUCGGCUUUUUUGAAGACCUCAGGACGAACUGACCCACGUAUUUAUUUAUUUAUAUGCUUUUUUUUUUUUUUUUUUUUUUUUUUUUUUUUUUUGUUAAUGUGUUGUAAUUAUCAUUUUUCAUCUUUUCUAUUUUUUUUUUGGAAAUCCUUUCCCCCUGUUUUCAAGUUUUGUUGGCAAAAGAAAAAAGGUUCGACUGAUGAGUAUAUAUCCUUUUAGAUAAAUAUAUGCUUGAUUUUAUCAUGUUUGUAUAUGUAUACUGGAACUUGGAAGCCAUAA